UAUUCAGAAAUAUUUUUGUUGGUGCUGAAUAAAAUUAAUUGUGUAGAAAAUUAGCAAUUGGUGGUGAUACAUGGGUCGUUAAUCUUGCUGUGUCACCACAACUUGAAAAAUGAUGUGUUGCGGGGGUGCGGAGGAGGAAAACUUCGGCCCACCUGCUAAUCAAUACACCGCCCCACCCAGAGGUGGGAAUACAUAUGGAGGAGGAGGAGGCAAUGACAGGGGAGAGCCAAGGAGUUCUAAUACGGUCAAAAGCGGAGCUCCACAGAAGGUCUUACCCAUCGAAAUACCAUCUAUGUCUUUGGAUGAACUAAAUAGGUUAACGGGUAACUUUGGUCAGAAGGCUUUGAUAGGAGAAGGUUCUUAUGGCCGGGUUUUCCAUGCAAAAUUGAGUAAUGGUAAGGCUGCUGCAAUAAAGAAAUUGGAUACGGGUUCAUCACAAGAGGACUCUGAUUUUUCAGCACAAUUAUCAACAGUGUCAAGACUUAAGCAUGGGCAUUUUGUGGAAUUGAUGGGGUAUUGCUCGGAGGCAAAUAACCGAAUUUUGAUAUAUGAGUUUGCAGCCAUGGGAUCUUUACAUGACAUAUUACAUGGAAGGAAAGGAGUACAAGGGGCUGAACCGGGUCCAGUUCUUAGUUGGAAUCAGAGAAUUAAAAUUGCCUUUGGUGCAGCCAAAGGCCUUGAGUAUCUCCACGAAAAGGUUCAACCUUCAAUAGUUCACCGCGACAUCAGAUCUAGCAACGUCCUGCUUUUUGAUGACCAUGUUGCCAAAAUUGCGGACUUCAACUUGACAAAUCAGUCAUCAGACACAGCAGCGCGACUGCACUCGACUAGAGUCUUGGGAACAUUUGGCUAUCAUGCUCCUGAGUAUGCGAUGACAGGACAAAUUACUCAGAAGAGUGAUGUUUACAGUUUUGGGGUUGUUUUACUAGAGCUUUUGACAGGGAGAAAGCCUGUAGAUCAUACAAUGCCAAAGGGGCAACAAAGUCUUGUUACUUGGGCAACUCCAAGAUUGAGCGAGGACAAAGUAAAGCAGUGUGUUGAUCCCAAGCUAAACAAUGACUGCCCACCAAAGGCAAUUGCUAAGUUGGCAGCAGUGGCAGCACUUUGUGUACAGUACGAAGCUGACUUCAGGCCAAACAUGACCAUCGUUGUGAAGGCUUUACAGCCACUGCUAAACGCAAAACCUGCAGGCCCAGAGUCAAAUGCCUGACCAUGUAUACUCUACCACGUGCAUGCAUGCAGAAUCAGCAACUUGUCUUGUGUACGUGUACUUUGUAACCUAUCUUCUUCUUUGUAAUCCUAUUCCCACGCUAUGCUCC